UUCUUGCUUCUGUUUCUGUUUACAAGUCUCAAUCUUUAUGUUGCCUCACAAUUGCUUAAAUUCAUUUGUUUAUAAUCUUCAUUUUUAAUCUCCCAGUUAAAGAUUUGGAUAAUACUUAGUAUUUACUGUUGCCAUAACAACAAUGAAAUUCAUCAUGCGUGGUGUUCCUCCUUGUUUCUAAUUUUAACUUACUUUUUUACCAUAUGGAUAGGAUAACCUUUGUAUGAGUGAAUUAUGAGUUGAAAAUCUCAGUUCUAUUUAAGGGUUUUUGUACUAUGUUUGGGAUGUCAAUAUUUCAAGGGAGGUUUUGUCCAUUUUUCUGUAGAAAUUCCUUGGAAUACAAGUUUUAUAAUUUAGUAGUCUUUUUCAUAUCCCAUAUCUUUACGAAGAACAACUUCCAUUAUGUUUUAGAUUAUAGACUCUAUUGCUUGAUGAUUGGCUCAUGUCAACUUUCUAUUUUAGGUGGAGGCAUGGAAUGAAACUUUAACUUUCCCUAAUCUAAUUGUGGUGUUGCAACUCUAGUUGUGGUGUAUGGUGGGGCAAAAAAUCGGGUUUGACUCUUAUAUAUUACGAGGCUAGUAGGGUGUACGCAGGUAUGCACGUCAUGGAUGAUAAUGUUAAAGAACAGAUUACGAGUGCAUUAAGAGUGAGAGACCAGAGAUAAAGUAUAAUCGGAUUAUGCGGGCCAGAUGAAAAAGUCAAGCAUUCUGUAAAAACAGCUAUAAGAAGAGCUGAGAGAGAUCAAUUGUUCCAAAAGAUUGUCACAGCAACUGUGACAAAGAAGCCAGACAUUACAAAGAUUCAAACACAAAUUGGUGAUGCAGAGAUGGUGAAAAUUUGAAGUCCAAACAUGCACUUUAUUUGGAAAACACAAUGUUGGGGAGAUUAGAGAUUGACAAGUGCUUUGUUGGUAUAGAUCAAUUAAGACUUUGCUUAUUCGGUGCAAGCAUAAAUUUGAACUUUCGCUAAUCUAAUUCUGGUGUGCAACUCUCAUUAUAGGCCAUGGAUAGGUUCACCUCAUGAAUGGUGGAGCGAAAAAAGGAACAGGUGGACUCCGAGUAUAGAGUAAACUGAGCAGAGUUAGGCGAAAAAGAUUGUGUUGAAACUACUUGCGCCAAUAUGAAGUUUGGAGAUUGGGAUGGGUAUGAAAAGGCUAGUUUGGGGAACAUGUAUAUUUCCGACAUGGAUGCUAAUGUUAAAGAUCAGAUUACGAAUGCAUUAAAAGUGAGAGACCAAGGAGAAAAUAUAAUCGGAUUAUGCGGCCCGGAUGAAAGAGUAAGGCUUUCUGUAAAAACAGCUAUAAGAAGAGCUGAGAGAGAUCAAUUGUUCCAAAAGAUUGUCACAGUCACAGCAACUGUGACAAAGAAGCCAGACAUUACAAUGAUUCAAACACAAAUUGGUGAUGCAAUAGGUCUCAAUUUUAAUGAUAAGAUGAAUGUAGCCGAAUCAACUUGUUGCAUGUGUUUUGGUAAUAGUAAAACAGUGACAACUGCAGAAAGAGCUCAUCUUAUUUGUGCUAAGAUGAAAGAGCUGCAAACAGUCCUGAUUGUAAUGUAUGAUCUUCAUGGGAGACUCGAUUUAGGUGAGAUUGGUGUCCCCUUUGGUGAAGAUCAUAAUGGUUGCAAGAUAUUACUCACAUCUACAAGUGUGGAGGUUUUAUCCAAUCAAAUGAAGGCUCAUAAAUUGAUUCAAUUAUCAGAGACAUGACAUGAUUCUCUUCAAACUAAAGUGUUUGAAGCAGAGUUGAUAAAAAUUUGAAGUCCAAACAUGCACAUCAUAUACAAAACUAAGAUUUUGUUUUUUCUGUCAAAUGCUUGUGCUUGAAAUCUAUGAUAUGAAUAAUAUCUGUUAUUCAAAUUGAUUAGUUAUUAAUUUAAUUUCUAUAUUUAGUCUAGUCUUGUAAAUAACGUCAUCUGGGAGAAGGAACUGUUUUCCUCACUUAAACAACACCGUUUUCAUUUUA